AUGCUCGCCCUGUUUGCUGCCGCGACGGUUGUCUUCGGCCCCGCGCAGCUCCUGGUCUUCGCGCGGCUUCGUGGCGGGCUUGCAUUCCACAGCAUGGGCGAGAUUCUCCUUAGCAGGGCGGGACAGGUGGCUGUGCUCGCACUGGGCAUGGCAGCAACAAAUAAGCCAGAGUGGUACCUGCGUCGUCGGACAGAGCUCCUGACGGCCGGCUCCGCACCACUCUGGGCGUUGCAGCUGCAGUCGAACAAGGUUCUCCUCGCGCUCAGCGUCAACGAUCCGUUUAGUCAAGCAUGGGUGGCAUUCUGCCUCAGCAUGGCCCUCGUCAUGCAUCUCGCAUUGCCGCUGAAGCACGGCAAUCUUCUCCCCGAGAUUAUCCUCCGCGGCGCAACCGUCGUCGUCCAAACACUAGCAGACGCCAAACAGGCACGUGGAAAUGUCUGGUAA